CCGCUCGCACCCGCUCCCGCAGACAGGUCGCCCUGGAGCUCCCUCUCCUUGGAUCCGGUUCAAGGGGAUGGAGACUCUGUGAGAGUCCGGCGGCCCCUUCCCUCCGCCUUCCCAGCACCGCGCUUAUCUCUGUCUCACAAGUCACCCCCGACCUCCCUUCCUUCCUCCUGCUUGAAGAUUCCGUCCUUGCUGGAAACCCCCAGGCCCCGGGGCCUCCCUUUCCACCUUCGGGGAAAACAGCCGCUCUCGCUGGCCGCCUUCUUCCUUUCCCGAGGGCAGGUCCCCCCAGGAAUCCGUCGCAAACAGGAAGCGCGGGGCUGGUGCCCCAUCGUGGGCCCGAGGCGUGGGCAGGCCAUGGGCGUGGGGCGAAGGCUUCCUGAAUGCCCGGCUCCCCCCGCCGGUCCCAGGGCCCUGCCCAGAACUGGUGGCCUUCAUUAGCCCCCGGCACUUAUCUCGGAGCCGCAGCCACCGGCAGGACGCUCGCAGCCCCAGGCCUGCCCUGAGCUCCCGGGCCAUGGGGAACUGUCUGCAGCAGCAGGCGGCGGAUGAGGCCUCUACGGACCUCAUCUUCAAGGACGACAUUUUGGGAUGACUUUAAUGAGUCCUACGAGCUGAACUACAACUACAGCGACAUGGACGCCGCUGCCCCCUGCCGCUCCUGUGGCCUCCUGGACGCCUCCUCGCUGCCCUUCUUCAUCGUCGCCAGCGCCCUGGGCAUCCUCGCCGGGGGAGUGGUCCUCUUCGCGCUCCUCAGGCCUCUCUUCCACUGGCAGGUCUGCCCCGACCGGCCCGUCCUGGUGCAGCUGGCCGUGGGCAGCACUCUCUUCAGUGUGGUGGUGCCCAUCCUGGCGCCGGGCCUGAACAGCGUCCAGAGCGCAGCCCUGUGCCACCUGGCCCACCUGGUCUGGUACAGCUCGGCCUUGGCCCAGGCUCUGCUGAUAGGGUGCCACGCCUGCCUGGGCCCCAAGUUGUGUGCCGGCCGGGUCCCACACCUCACCCUGAGGCUCAGUGUGGGCCUCUGGGCCGUGGCUGUCCUCCUGGGGCUGCCGGUCACCCUAGCCAGUGACACUUCCCGCGGAUUCUGCUCCGUGUCCUUCAGCAAGGGCUACCGGUCUCUGCAGAUCUUGCACGUUCUGGCCUGUUUUGCCUUCUUCACCGUGUUGCCACUAGGUUUGUUAGGAGCCAAGGCGCUGACGAAGACGUUGGGCAGGUGGCCCUGUCCCUGGGUUAAUGUCCUGUGGGCCUGGUUUGUUUUCUGGUGGCCUCACGGGGUGACUCAGGGGUUGGACUUUCUGGUGAGGUCCAAAACCUUGGUACUGUCCACAUGCCUGGCCCAACAGGCCCUGGACCUGCUGCAGCACCUGGCGGAAGCCCUGGCCAUCCUGCACUGUGUGGCCACACCCCUGCUCCUGGCCCUGUUCUACCACCAGGCCGCUCGCACAGCCCUGCCCUCCCUGCCUCUCCCGGUAAGACAGCCGUCUCCUCUGCACACCCAGGGAGGCAAGUCCUAGCUCUCUCCCCACCUGUCAACCUGCAUUAAAGUCUACGCUGCUUU